UGUAUUUGGAUCACUAGUCACAGCUGGCGUGGAGUAUAUCGAACAGCAUGGAAGAUAUUUCCUCGUCGUAGUUAACGUUGAAGUUAUUUUCGGAAACAAACUCUACUAAUAUACAUAUAUAUUGAACUGUCAAAGUGUUGAAUUAGUUAUAUGCGAGCUGGUUUUGGUAGUAAAAGAUGGACUGGGGUGUGUGUAGCAGGGCCCUGGUGUGGUGCAUUUACACAGCGCUGUUCAGUUCUCUACUGUUAGUGGGCCACUGCAGUCGCAGCAGCGUCUCCCUGCCUGAGAGUUUACUCUUUGUUUCCACUCUGGAUGGAAACCUGCACGCUGUCAGCAAGCGCUCUGGCUCUAUUAAAUGGACGCUUAAGGAAGAUCCUGUUCUUCAGGUCCCAACCCAUGUGGCUGAACCUGCGUUUCUGCCUGAUCCUAAUGAUGGAAGCCUGUACUCACUAGGAGGGAAGAACAACGAGGGACUGACGAAACUGCCCUUUACCAUUCCCGAGCUGGUCCAGGCUUCCCCUUGCCGCAGUUCUGAUGGAAUUUUGUACAUGGGUAAGAAACAGGACGUGUGGUAUGUGGUAGAUCUGCUGACAGGAGAAAAGCAGCAGACUCUAACCUCCACUAUUGCUGAGAAACUGUGCGCAUCGUCAACGCUUCUAUACUUGGGUCGCACAGAGUACACUAUCACAAUGUACGACACCAAGAGCCGAGAACUACGAUGGAAUGCCACUUACUCUGAUUAUGCUUGGACACUUCCGGAUGACGACACCAAAUACAAGAUGGCCCACUUUGUUUCAAAUGGUGAUGGCCUGGUGGUGACAGUAGACAGCGAGACAGGUGCAGUGCAGUGGGUGCAGAACUAUGACUCUCCUGUGGUGGCUGUAUACAUGUGGCAACGUGAGGGUCUGCGCAAAGUGCCACAUACAAAUGUAGCUGUGGAGACACUGCGUUACCUCACCUUCACCUCGGGCCAGGGGGGACGGAUCACACAGUGGAAGUACCCUUUCCCCCAAGAGCGGAAGCUGGAGGACAAACUCAUGUCCACCCUGUAUGUGGGAAAGUACUCCACAAGCCUCUAUGCAUCUCCAUCCCUGGUCCAUGAUGGAGUUACCGUAGUGCCUCGUGGUAGCACUUUUCCAAUGCUGGAGGGUCCCACCAGCCAGGAGGGCAGUGUGGAGGACGACCAAGAGUGUGUCAUCACUCCUAGCACCAGUGUUAAAUUUAAUGCGGCCCUAAAGGAGAGGAACCGUGUCAACUACAUGAGGAACUACCUCCUACUUAUAGGUCAUCACGAAACUCCGCCUGAGGCUCACAAAAAGAUUUUGGAAAAAUUUCCAGAUGGUUUUCCUCGUCACCACAGCAACGUCAUUCCUCCUGCUACAGAGCAAACUAUGGAUGAGAAGGUGAAUGACAGUGGGAUGGAGGAUAGCAGCCCCUUGCCCCCUCCUGUUCAUUCUCUCCAGGAGAAGGAACCGCGCUCAACCCGCUCUGAAGCACCUGUUGACUCCAUGCUCAAAGAUAUGGCCACAAUUAUCUUCAGCACUUUCCUGCUUGCUGGCUGGGUCGCCUUCAUCAUCACUUACCCUAAGAGCAUGCAGAGGCAACAGCAGCUUCAGCACCAGCAGUUCCAGCGGCAAAUGGAGGAGAAGUUAGAGCUUCUACAGAAACAGCAGCUGCUCUUCCAGCCGCCCGGUGACCUGCUGCCUGAAGGUGAUUUCCUGGAGGUGGCACGUGGCCGUGCUGAAAGCUCCGGGCAAAGCAGCGCUAACGCCACGCCACGAGCUUCCAAUCAUUCCAACCUGUCUCAUUCUGAACCAGGGGGUUCUGCAGCAGAGCAUGAGGAUGGAGAGGAUGAGUCUAACAUUGUUCGAGUUGGAAACAUCAAAUUUAAUCCCAGGAAUGUUCUGGGACAUGGUGCUGAGGGCACUAUUGUAUACAGGGGUCAUUUUGAUAACCGGCAGGUGGCAGUAAAGAGAAUUCUCCCAGAAUGCUUCAGCUUUGCGGACCGUGAGGUGCAGUUGUUGCGCGAGUCAGACGAGCACCCCAACGUCAUCCGGUACUUUUGUACGGAGCGUGACCGCCAGUUCCAGUACAUCGCUAUCGAGCUGUGUAACGCUACUCUGCAGGAGUAUGUGGAGCAGAAGGAUUUUAAUCGCCAUGGGCUGGAACCGGUGACCUUGCUGCAGCAAACCAUGUCCGGCCUGGCACAUCUGCAUUCGCUCAAUAUAGUUCACAGAGACCUAAAACCACACAAUAUCCUGGUAUCUAUGCCGAAUGCCCAUGGGCGUGUUCGUGCCAUGAUCUCGGACUUUGGCCUGUGUAAGAAGCUGGCUGCAGGCAGACACAGUUUUAGCAGGAGGUCUGGUGUUCCUGGCACUGAGGGGUGGAUUGCACCUGAAGUGCUUAGUGAAGAUGCCAAGCACAACCCAACAUGCAAAGUGGACAUCUUUUCUGCCGGGUGUGUGUUUUACUACGUGGUGUCACAGGGUUGUCAUCCAUUUGGAAAGUCUCUGCAGCGGCAAGCUAACAUUCUCCUGGGGGUCUAUUCCCUGGACCUCCUGCAGCCAGACAGGCAUGAAGACAUUGUGGCCAUGAACCUGAUCGAACAGAUGUUGAGUGUGGAGCCUGAGAAGAGGCCGUCAGCAGAACGAGUGCUCAAACAUCCUUUUUUCUGGAGCCUUGAAAAACAGCUACAGUUCUUCCAGGAUGUGAGUGAUCGGAUAGAAAAGGAGCCACUAGAUGGACCAAUCGUGCGGCAGUUGGAAAGAGGAGGGCGGGCCGUGGUAAAAGGAGACUGGAGGGAACAUAUCACAGUGCCUUUACAAACAGAUCUUCGCAAAUUUCGCUCCUACAAAGGCGGCUCUGUUCGAGAUCUUCUGCGUGCCAUGAGAAACAAGAAGCACCAUUACCGCGAGUUACCUGAAGAGGUUCGGGAGACGCUCGGCUCCAUUCCAGAUGAUUUUAUCUUCUACUUCACGUCCCGCUUUCCCCAGUUGCUGCUCCACACACACAUGGCCCUGCGGUUGUGUGCCCACGAGCGCCCAUUUCUGCCCUACUACCACAACUCAGAGCUGCCUUCACGAACCAUUAGCACACAGCCUGAGCCCAAACCCCCGGAGCAAAGUCAAAUGGACCUGUCUUCAUUCACACAUUCAGACCCUACAGAACUGCCAUUAGUCCCAGAUAUUCCCCCACCUUCAGAUUCUCCAGUACUGCCUGAACACACUGAAUAUGUGCAGCAGGAGCAAAAUGCCUUUUCCGUAACAUCCAGUCAAGAAGAGUCUGCGGUGUAAAACAAAGGAGUCAAUGGCUUUGCUGUUCUGAAUGGACACAUCUCCUUGAGUUGGUGCAGUCCGGGCCUGCAGUGCCUGAGCUGUGUUUCUUAUGUGAGGUGCCAACCCAUCUCAAAGUGCCUUACAUAUUUAAGACAAAAUGGCUCUUUUCAGAGCUGCCUGAUUAAUCAUCCUGAUGAAGCUAGGCUAGUCUGGGUUUGAUCCUGUUAUUUGGACCAUGGUACUGUAUUAUAAUAAGAACCUGAAGUUUUUUUUAUCAUUAUUAUUAACAACUCUUUUGUAAAGGCUGAAUACUGUGAUGCUUGUACACGCAUGAGGCAAUGACUAUUUGUAUUGAACUCUUAAAAUUGUGAAGAGCUAUUCUACUGUGCAAUGUUGGUGAUAGUCAGAGACUUUGCUGUUAAAACGAUCUAUUUUUGUACAUAACUUGAUUGGUGAUAAUCAGUCAGCAUGGCCAGUGUGCCUUUUCAAACUCUGUUCUGUCUUGGCCGUAUGAAGUCAGGGGAGAUACCUGUUCCUGUUGCUAUGCUGCUGCUGACCUCAGUUGUAUCCAAAGGGAGCUGGAAUAUUCACGUUAUGAUAUGCACGUUAUUUCCAUUUUUAUCAUCAUAGCUUCUCAGAUGUCAUUACUCAUUAUUUUGUACAGUUUAUUUGUUGCCACAUUACAUCAAUGAUAUAAAAUCAAAUGUUUUUUUAUACAUAUUUUAUCUAUGGCUGUUAAAACAUUUUAGACUGGAAUUUUAACAGGUGAAAUUUACAAAAACUAAUCUGGCAUGAAGAAUAUAGAUCAAGUAUAAGUUGAAACAAGUAGUCAGCUUAGUUCUCAUUAUCUCCCCUGCUAUUGAUUUUAUGCACUCUUGGGCCACGUUCAAGCACAGAUUAAAAGAAUGCAGGUCCAAAAUUAAUUGACCAUAUCCUUCUGGUUUUAAUGCAUUAAAUGGGAACAAUAGCCACACAUUUUACUUUAUAUAUAAACUUUUUUGUGAAUGGGAGCAUAAUUUAUUUAAUUUUCUUUUAUAGUUAAACAUUUUCAAGGACAUGAUUUAAUCUUUUUUAUUAUUGUUAAAAAGCUGCUAUUGUACAAUGCUAAACUCUUAAAUAAAGCAUUACAACCUAUUGUCUAAAGCUGAA